AUGCACGCCUCGCUGUGGACUCUCGCUGCUCUUUCUGCCAUUGCAUCCGCACAUGGAGACCACCAGCAGAAGCCCAUUGCUGGUCCGCAUCAGCAAUUGUGGUACAACACUCUCCCUGGAGAUGGUGGUACUCAAGCCGACUCUGUCUUUUCUGGAAUCUCGACAUUCGGAAGACUUCCCUUUUUCCCCUGUCUUGCUAGUGAGGCGGAGAGAUAUGAUAUCGCCUUUUUAGGGGCUCCGUUCGAUACCGGAACUUCAUACAGACCCGGUGCAAGAUUCGGUCCCAGUGGUAUCAGACAGGGUUCUCGUCGCCUCAACUUAUAUGGAGGAUACAAUGUCCCAUUGGAAGCCAAUCCAUUCUCGAGCGACUUCAGAGUCCUGGACUGCGGAGACAUCCCUGUCACCUCAUAUGACAACGGCUGGGCCAUCCAUCAAAUCGAAGAAGGACACAACAGUGUUUUGAUGCGCAAGCCCUUUACCGAUGCAGACAAGAAGGGACUUUCUAAAGCUGGAAAGACACUUCCUCGUGUGAUCACACUCGGUGGUGAUCACACUAUCACUUUGCCUUUGUUACGAAGUAUAAACAAGGCUUACGGCCCAGUAUCUGUGGUUCACUUUGACAGUCAUCUGGACUCGUGGAAACCAAAGGUCUUUGGCGGUGCCCCUUCUGAAGUUGCCAGCAUCAACCACGGCACAUACUUCUAUCAUGCAGCUAUGGAAGGCCUGUUGAAAAACGACACUAAUAUCCAUGCCGGUAUCCGCACCACUCUGUCCGGUCCCUCGGACUACGAGAACGAUGGAUACGUUGGUUUUGAAAUUGUUGAAGCCAGAGAAAUUGACACUAUUGGAACCGAAGGCAUCAUUAAGAAAAUCCGAGAGCGUGUCGGAACCGUUAACCCUGUGUAUCUGUCCAUUGAUAUUGACACUCUUGACCCAGCUUUUGCACCUGCUACUGGUACCCCUGAAACCGGCGGCUGGUCGACUCGCGAGCUCCGCACAAUCAUACGCGGCCUCGAUGGACUGAAUUUCAUCGGAGCCGAUAUUGUAGAGGUUGCUCCAGCCUAUGAUACCAAUGCCGAGCUUACAACUAUGGCGGCGGCUGAUGUUCUGUACGAGGUCAUGACAAUGAUGGUGAAGAGCGGACCAUUGAGCGUUUCAGGGCGUAAUGAGCUGUAA